AUGGAAGGCGUCGAGUUGGUGGGUGUUGUCGAUGCGAAUCUCGAUCGCGCCAAGGAAAUCGCGGCGCAGCACGGCUGUCAGGCAUUCGCGACUGAGCAGGAACUGCUCGACGCGGGAGUCGACGCGGUGUCGAUCGCGGUCCCGACGACUUUCCACCUCAAGAGCGCCGAGCCGUUCCUCAAAGCGGGCGUCGCGUGUCUGAUCGAGAAGCCCCUCGCGGGAGACGCCGCGGAAGCGGAGCAGAUUAAACGAAUCGCGGAAGAGAACGGCACCUGCUUGAUGGUCGGACACAUCGAACGAUUCAAUCCGAUCAUGCGCGCGAUGCAGAGCGCCGCGGCGACCAACAGCGAACCGAUCACUCCGCGCUUCAUGGAAGUGCAUCGUGUGUCUCCGAUGACCUUUCGCUCACUCGACAUCGGUGUGGUGAUGGACAUGAUGAUCCAUGACCUCGAUGUGGUGCUGAUGUUGAUGGAUGGUCGCGAGCCUGACGAGAUCCAAGCGUCAGGUGUCGCUGUAGUGGGAGAAUACGAGGACCUGUGCAACGCACGAUUGGUCUGGAACAUCCCAGAAGACGAUGGCGGCGGACAGUGCGUCGCGAACAUCACCGCUUCGCGUCUUGCGAUGAAGACCGAGCGUCUGACUCGUAUAACUGGUGAGGGCGGAUACAUCAAGAUCGAUUACGCCGCGAAGUCCGGCAUGAUGAUCCGCAAGACCGCGAACGAGAUCCAGAUGCGUGAAGUCCGGGAUCAGAUCCGCUCAGGGAAGGACCUGACGGAUGUGGAUUGGACCGAGCUCAUCAACAUCGAGCCGCUGACGAUUGAUGACGGCGAACCGAUUGUAAAAGAGAUCGAAGCGUUUCUCGAAGCUGUGAAAACCGGAGAGCGUCCGGCGAUCGAUGCGGAAGCGGGAUUCGCGAAUGUCCGUACCGCGGAGCGGAUCGUCAAAGCGAUUAACCUGUCCCUCGGAACCAGAGCUCAAGAUUCCCAACCAAUGACCGACACGCCCAACCAGGCUUCUGAGAACGCAACCCCUUCGAAUGAGCAAGAGCAAAUCUCAUCGGCGACCGAAGCCGUGACUGUUCCCGCUCCUACGAAGACCGAAACCAAGCUCGAUGCGCAGACCGAAGCGGAGAUCGAAGCCGCGAUGGCGGAUCUCGAUGCUGCCGGAGCUGCGGAUGCACCGAAAGCUCCAGGAUCGAUCCGUGGUCCACGCGAAGUGCGCGGAGGACGCGAGCAUCGCACUGGGAGUGUGGUGUCUGUCGGCGCGACAGAUGUGUUUGUUGAGUUUGGUCCAAAGGAACUUGGUGUCGUGGAUAUCCAGCAGUUCAAGGACAACAAACCAAAUCCCGGCGAUCAGCUCGAGGUCGUCGUCCAGCGCUACGACGCGGGAGAGUCGCUCUACAUCUGCGUGCUCCCUGGCGCUGUCCAGAAAGCGGACUGGGAGAUGCUCCAGGUUGGUCAGGUCGUUGAGGCACGCGUGACGGGAACGAACAAAGGCGGUCUGGAACUCGAGGUCGCGAACCAUCGUGCGUUCAUGCCUGCAUCGCAGGUGGAUCUGCAGCACAUCCCGGAUCUGGGAGUGUUCGUUGGCGAGAAGAUGACCUGCACGAUCCAGAAGCUCGAUCGUCGUGGCGCUGGGAACAUCGUGUGCUCUCGCCGCGAGAUUCUGGUGAAGGAACGCGAGUCGGCGAUGGAGUCGCUCAAGGAAGCGCUCAAAGUCGGCGACACGAUGGAAGGCACAGUCCGCAAGAUCAUGGACUUCGGAGCGUUUGUUGAUCUUGGUGGUGUGGAUGGUCUGAUCCACAUCAACGACAUCAGCCAUGAGCGUGUGAACCACGGCGCGAAGAAUGUCGAGCGUUUCGUGAGCGAGGGUCAGAAAGUGACCGUCCAGAUCAUGAAGCUCGAUUGGGACACCAAUCGAAUCUCGCUGGGUAUGAAGCAGCUCCAAGCGGAUCCAUUCAGCGCCGUCAAGGACGAUGUCGUCGAGGGUGCGGAGAUCACCGGCAAGGUGACCAAGCUCAUGGAGUUUGGCGCGUUCGUUGAGGUCGCGCCAGGCGUUGAAGGUCUCGUGCACAUCUCGGAGCUGGACUGGAAGCGUGUCAACGCGGUCAGCGAUGUGCUCCAGGAAGGCGAGGUCGUUCAGGUCAAGGUGCUCAAGGUCGAUCCGAACGACAAGAAGAUCUCGCUGUCGAUCAAGCAGCUUAAAGAGCGUCCGCAGCAAUCCGGAGGCGGUGGCCGCGGGCGUGGCGGUCGCGGCGGAGAUGCUCCGGUUGUCAAGGAAGAGACCCCUGAACUGCGUCGUCUGCGCGAGAAAGCGAAGCACAACAAGUCCGGCCAGAAAAAGGGCGGCGGCUUGGGCGACGCCGGCGGGAUGGGCAUGGGUCUGGGCGACCUCAAGCUCUGA